CACCCUGGGCUGUCCCUGGGUGCGCUGGUGACACCCUGGGCUGUCCCUGGGUGGGUUUGGUGACACCCUGGGCUUUCCCUGGGUGGGUUUGGUGACCCCCUGGGCUGUCCCUGGGUGCAUUGGUGACACCCUGGGCUGUCCUUGGGUGCGCUGGUGACACCCUGGGCUGUCCCUGGGUGCGCUGGUGACACCCUGGGCUGUCCCUGGGUGCCCCUGGUGACCCCGUGCCCCCCGUGCCCGUCCCCCAGCCGCGUUCCUGACGCAGUCCGUGUGCCUGGACGACACCACGGUGAAGUUUGAGAUCUGGGACACGGCGGGGCAGGAGCGCUACCACAGCCUGGCCCCCAUGUACUACCGGGGGGCUCAGGCUGCCAUCGUGGUCUACGACAUCACCAACCAGGAGACCUUUGCCCGUGCCCGGAGCUGGGUGAAGGAGCUGCAGCGCCAGGCCAGCCCCAGCAUCGUCAUCGCCCUGGCCGGCAACAAGGCCGACCUGGCCAGCAAGAGGAUGGUGGAGUACGAGGAAGCCCAGGCCUACGCCGACGACAACAGCCUGCUGUUCAUGGAGACGUCGGCCAAGACAGCCAUGAAUGUCAACGACCUCUUCCUGGCCAUCGCCAAGAAGCUGCCAAAGAACGAGCCCCAGAGCACGAGCAGCGCCGGCGGCCGGGGCCGGGGCGUGGAUCUGCACGAGCAGAGCCCGCAGGGCCGGGGCCAGUGCUGCAGCAACUGAGGGAUCCGCCCGAGGGAUCCACUGGGAUCCGGCCGGGAUUCCAGCCCCAAUCCAGCCCCAAUCCAGCCGGGCUCGAGGCCAGAUUCCAGCCCAGAUCCCAGCCAGCAGAGCUGCAGUGCCUGAGGGGAUCUGCCGGGAUCCAGAUGGGAUCCGGCCCAGAGCCCAGCCAGGAUCUGGCCCAGAUUCUAACUCGGAUCCCAGCCAGGAUCCCAGCCAGGAUCUCACCAAGGAUUCCAGCCCGAUCCCAGCCAGAUCUCCAUCAGAUCCCAGCCAGGAUCCCACCAAGGAUUCCAGCCCGAUUCCAGCCAGAUCCCUGCCAGAUCUCCAUCAGAUCCCAGCCAGAUCUCAGCCAGGAUCCCAGCCAGGAUUCCAGUCAGAUCCCAGCCACAUCUCCAUCAGAUCUCAGCCAGGAUCCCACCAGGACCCAGCACAGAUCCCAGCCAGGAUCCCAGCCAGAUCUCCAUCAGAUCCCAGCCCGAUCCCAGCCCCAGGCUGGUCACGCCGCUCCUCCAGCCUGGCACCGAGGCCCCGCCCUGGGACCCUCCCCGAGCUCCUCUUCCUGAAGCUUCCAAGGCUCCUCCUUGGCACCAGAUCCCUCCUGGAUCCUCCAGACCCCACCUGGCUCCGUCAGAUCCCUCCUGGAUCCUCCAGACCCCACCUGGAUCCAUCAGAUCCCUCCUGGAUCCUCCAGAUCCCACCUGGCUCCAUCAGAUCCCUCCUGGGUCCUCCAGACCCAACCCGGAUCUUGCAGAUCGCUCCUGGAUCCUGCAGACCCCACACAGAUACUCCAGAUCCCACCUGGAUCCUCCAGAUCUCUUCUGGCUCCACCAAAUCUCUCCUGGAUUUUCCAAAUCCCACUGGGAUUCUCCAGACCCUUCCUGGCUCCACCCGAUCUCACAUGGAUCCACCAGAUCCCUCCUGGCUCCACCAGAUCCCUCCUGGAUCCUCCAGAUCCCUCCUGGCUCCACCAGAUCUCACACGGGUGCUCCAGGUCCCUCCUGGCUCCACCAGGUCCCUCCUGGAUCCUCCAGAUCCCACCUGGCUCCACCAGAUCCCAUUCAACUCCACCAGAUCCCUCCUGGCUCCACCAGAUCCCAUCUAACUCAACCAGAUCCCACCUGGCUC